UACGGAAAACAAAUAGCUGUUAUUAAUUUGUUCUCGUGCUUGGAGCAAGCAAUUUCAAAUAAAUUCCCCCAUCCCUUCUUCAUUUGCCACAUGGAGAGGGAAAAGAGAGACAAAGACACCAUGGACACAAAUGAUGAAGGAUCAAAACUUCUUCAUGGCCAAGCGAAGAUAUGGAAACAUUUGUUCGGCUUUGUAGAUUCCAUGGCCCUAAAAUCUGCUGUGGAGCUUCAAAUAGCUGACAUUAUACACUUCCAUGGCCGUCCCUUAUCCCUGUCCGAAAUCUCCUCCAAUAUCACCAACUCUUCAUCCCCAAAUAUCCCAUAUCUGGCACGAAUCAUGAGGUUGUUAGUCCGGAACAAGAUCUUCACAUCCAGUGAAGUUCGACCAGGACACGGUGGAGACACUCCCUCCACCAUCCUCUACGACCUUACUCCAGCCUCGAACUGGCUGUUAAAUAACAAUGAUCCGUUGAGCUUAGCUCCGUUUAUCUUAAUGGAGAACCAUCCAUGGCUUUUAAGUCCAUGGCAUCAGUUGAGCGCUUGUGUAAGAGAGGGUGGCAUUGCAUUUCAAAAAUCUCAUGGAAAAGAGAUAUGGGAUUUUGCAUCACAAAACCCUGAGUUCAACAAGAUUUUCAAUGAUGGGAUGGAAUGCACUGGGAUGAUUACAGUGCAAGCAGUUCUUUCAGGGCUUAAAAGUGCUAACUGGGAUGGUGUGGAAUCACUUGUGGAUGUUGGGGGUGGAAUUGGCGCAACCAUAGCUGAGAUUGUCAAGGCUUAUCCACAUAUCAAAGGAAUCAACUUUGAUUUGCCACAUGUUGUUGCUACAGCACCUAAGUAUGAUGGAGUUUCUCAUGUUGGUGGUGACAUGUUUGAUGCCAUCCCUAGUGCUCAAGCCAUCUUCAUGAAGUGGAUAAUGCAUGAUUGGGAUGAUGACGACUGUGUGAAAAUAUUAAAAAACUGUCGAAGAGCAAUACCAGAACAAACAGGAAAGAUCUUCAUUGUGGAUGUGGUCUUAAAGCCUGACGGUGAUGGGCUAUUUGACAGCGUUAGGAUGAAACUUGAUUUGGUAAUGAUUGCUCACGCCUCUGGAGGCAAGGAAAGGACUGAACCUGAAUGGAAAAUACUUCUACAGAAAGGAGGCUUCCCACGUUACAAUAUUAGCGCAAUUCCAGCUUGCUUAUCCGUUAUAGAGGCUUAUCCAGAAUGAUAUUAUAACUAUGAAUGAUAUUAUAACUAUGAAAAGUGCAUUGUGGAUCGCCUAUGACUUGCACAAUGCAAUGUUGUUAAACUCAAACCAAAUAACGACUCAGCUAACGUAUUGGAUUAGGGGUCAACUGAUUGGAGCAGCUAGACCAUUCUUAAAAAUUCGCUGACAUCAGUAUGAUAUUAUAAUUAUUUUAUAUUUUUAUAAGUUUUAGAAAUAUUGAAAUUAAGUUCUUGG